AUGUCUGAUGACUUAGGGCUGCAAACACUCUCCCCCACCUCACCCCAGCUGGGCCUUCCUCCCACUUCAGGGUCUCUCUGGGCCUCCAUCUCACCCCUGCUGAGCCCUGCCUCCUCUGCGGGGGGGGGGGGGGGGGGGGGGGGGACGUCCAACACGGUGUUCCUGGUCAGCCUGGUCAUCGCGGACUUUCUCCUGAUCAUCAACCUGCCCCUCCGCGUGGACUACUACUUCCGCCACGAGAUUUGGCGCUUUAAGGCCGCUGCCUGCAAAAUCAACCUCUUCAUGCUGUCCACCAACCGCACAGCCAGCGUGGUCUUCCUCACGGCCAUCGCGCUCAACCGCUACCUGAAGGUGGUGCGGCCCCACCACCCGCUGAGCCGGGCCUCAGUGCAGGCGGCCGCCUGGGUGGCGGGAGGACUCUGGGGGGGCAUCCUGCUCCUCAACGGGCACCUGCUCCUGACCACCUAUUCCAACUCCUCCUGCCUUAGUUACCGGCUGGGCACGAGCCCCUCGGCCUCACUCCGCUGGCACCAGGCGCUGUAUGUGUUGGAAUUCUUCCUGCCGCUGGCGCUCAUCCUCUUUGCCAUCGUGAGCAUCGGGCUCACCAUCCGGCGCCGCAGCCUGGGAGGGCAGGCGGGCCCGCGGAGGGCCAUGCGCGUGCUGGCCGUGGUGGUGGCCGUCUACACCAUCUGCUUCUUGCCCAGCGUCAUCUUUGGCUUGGCUUCCAUGGUGGCCUUCCGCCUGCGUGCCUGCUCCACCCUCGACAUCUGCUCGCAGCUCUUCCACAGCUCCCUGGCCUUCACCUACCUCAACAGCGUCCUGGACCCGGUCCUCUACUGCUUCUCCAGCCCCAAAUUCCUCCGCCAGGCUCGCGCCCUGCUGGGCCUCUCCCAGAGCCGGGAGGACCCAGCCAAAGACGAGAGCUCCUACGAGCCGUCCACCCGGCGCCGGACGACCGCUAGGAAGGUGGGGACCGCAGGAAAGCUACAGAAGGAGGUCUCGUUGGAGGUCUCCCUGGAGUAAGGAGGACCCCUUGCAGGCCUGCUGCAGUGCCACGGGAGUGAGGACGCCAGGCCCUGGGCUGGAGGGACAAGGUCACUCCCUGCACUGUUGCCAGCACAGGUACCUCAACCAACUGGGCAAGGGACGUCUGCAGGAGCCAGGUGGGUGGCAGGGAGAGAAAAGAGUCUUGGGUUUACAGAGUAGUGUGCCCAGGACUAUGUCCCCAGAGCACCGGAAAGAGCAUGAGGGCAGCAGAGACAGGCAGGGGCUGUGGGGGCUCCAGCUCAGACAAGGGGCCACACAGCUGCCCAGUCCCGGGGCCAGAGCGUGGUUACUGUGAAAUCAGAAGUCUUGCUUUAGAAAUCAACAGCCGCAUUUUCUGUGAUCUCCAGUUUGCCCCUUUCAAUACUAAUAAACUUCCUUUUGAAAAUGCAAGCCUAUCUCAGCUGUUCUAAGGAAAACCAAACAAAUGACUUUGGAUCCUUCCAGCCCUGAUGUCAUAGGGUUCAAAGUGAGGGUCCCAAGAUGAAGGGACACUCUGAGGACAGAGUGAGUGGGGGAGCUGUCAAAGGCACCGUCCUCCCACAUUGCUCCCGGAGCCCUGGAGUGUCCUUAAGGAGGCAGAACGCCUCCCUGGGUGAAGUCCUCAGGCUCAAGGGAUGGGUGACCUGCCUGAAUCCCUGGGAGGCGCCUGCUCCUCUCUGGCCUUCAGCUCCCCUUCUGCAGUCCCCCCAAGGUCCUGCCCAAGGCACCAAGGACCCUGCCCUGCUCUUGCCUGGGACGACGGGGGGAUCUUCAGCCUUGGUGGUUACUGCUUCCAUCCAGUUCAGGCUCCUGGCUCAGCUCGGCUCCCUCCAAUAGCUUCCCUCUGCCCCAAGUAUCCUUCCCUGACCCUGGAACCAGGACAGGGCCCUCAGGGUCACCAGAGCUGGCUCAUAGCCCUCCCUCAGGACUAAAGCCAUCGUGCUCGCCUCUACUCCCUUCUGUUCUUUCCAGUGUGCCUCUGGUCAGUGUCUGAGACUGCUGGGCUAACCCACCCAUUGACAGGAGUCAGGGGUUUCUUUUGGUGUGGGGGUGGGGUAGUGUUGGCCCUACUGUCCAUAGGGGAAGUCAUGGCGGGGCAGGGAGUGUAGCCUUCAAGGCUUCCAAAGGGCUAGCGGUCACUAAAGUCCCAAACAUGCACCUCCUGAACCCUGUGUAUCCCCAGCCCUAGCCACCUCGAGGGAAUGAACACCUCCCCCCAACUCACACGCCCCUCCCUGCUGGGGAGACAGAAGGGGCUGGGACUGGUUCUCCACUCAUCACCCCAGCCACGGGCCUCUAGGCCUCAGGUACAGGGUGUGAUGAUGGGGACCAAAUCCCCUUUCCCUAAUUCCCUUCGGAGUUUUAAUCCUCUUAGUCCAACCCUCUCAUGUCAUGGAUGGGGAUCCUGUCCCUCUCUUGAAAGUCCUCAGGAAUGGAGGCCAAAGCCCAGGAGAGUCACCCACACCCCGGGAGGGAGGCAUCCAGGAGCAGUGUGGAUGUUAGGGUGGGAGAUGGAGAAAACAUAUCAGGCGGAGGGGUAUGACCUGGGGGACAAAAGGUUAGGUGGAUAUUGGAACCCAUCUCCCCUGUGUGUCUCUAGCCCUUUUCUCUUUUCUGAAAACACACCAGCUGCUCUCAGAAACCCACAGAGAUACUGAGAAGCCAAACCAAGUGGCAGAAAAGCCGUGUGCUGCCUGGGCCUCUCCAAGGUGGCCCCGCUUCGUUCCUCCCUCUGUUGCCGCCUUUUGCACCUGGUAGAGCCAUUCCUGAGGACUCCUCACCUCUCCACCUUCUGCCACCAGGCCUGGGCCAGCCCAACCUCAGCCGGAGAUUUGUCAUUUCCAAGUCAGACAUUUUUAUGAGGCCCAAACACUCCUGGAGGCUGGGGACCGAGCACUUUCUCAUGGAGCCCUCACCGCUGCAGUGCUAACAUGUGGUGGGUGCUGAUCACCAGGCACCUUCUAUCCGGUAUCAUCUCUUCCCACGUUUGAACCCGCCUGGGUUCUACGGGCAAAUGGCGCUCCAUGUGCCAUUUCCUCGGUCUUCUGUUCCCUGGACCCUCCUCCCCAACACCACCGUCAGGUACUCCCACCCCUCUCAGCAACUGGGCUCACUCUCCCCCUGCCUGAUGUGAAGGAAAUGACCAGACAGCCCCCUGGCUUAUAUGCACUGCUGUUUCUCCCCUGAGGAGCCUCUGGGUAGAUGCUGGUCAUAGGGAGCAAGCUGACGCUCCUAACCUACCCUGGGUCCUCCUUACCCCUCAUCUUGAAGUUAAGGACUGCUCCCUCACAGACAAGCAAGGCCACACCAUCCUUCAUAAGGCCCUCUCUAAAGGGGGUCUAGGUGUCCCCUCAUGGGAGAGAAGCAGGCUUCAGGCUGCCUCCACACUCUCCCCACAUGGAGGGACUCUCUGGUCCUAACCUUGGCCCCAACCCACUGUACUUGUCUCUGGACUCAGUUCUCCAUCUGUGAAAUGGGAACAGUGAUCCUGGCCCUUGCCUAACUCCAGGGGUUGGAGAUGGAAAUAACUGAUACGCCAGAGCACUGAGUGAGGAAGGUAGUUUUAUGUGGGUGGGGGGAGUGAGAAGGGAUGGGGUGGGGGAGGAGGAGGAGAAAGCAAACUGGGUGAAGUGCAGGGUUUUCUACAGAUGGAGGGUAGUGCCCGUGGUGGUAUAAGGUGAGUUGGAAGCAAGCUGAGUAAAGACCCCAUCUUCUACAUUUGGGUUCCAAAUAGCAUUUUGGUCCCUGGGGUGGGCUGCACUACUCAAUGUAAAUGUUAGGCAGCAGCUUCUCUCUUGUCUUUCUCCUAAUGUAACCCGCUGUCACCAGGGACUCCUGUGUGGGGUGAGCAGGCAGGGCUGGGCUGAUGGGCCCAGAGUCGCUAAUCAUCUAGUUUACUGGGCACCCACCAGGGGCCAGACAUUAAGCAACAAAGGCAGAUAAUACAACUCUGACCUUAUGCCCCUCUAGGCCAAGCCUGGGACAGGCAAACCUGCAAUGAAUCAAAUGCAACCCAAGCCAGUGUAAUCCAAGGUUUUCAAGGAAGCAAUGCACCCCUGAGAGCACAGAAGGUCGGAAGGGCUAACUCUGCCUGGGUGUCAGCGAGGUGAUGCAUGUAAGCUGAAUCGUGGAGGAUGAGGAAAGUGGCAAAGGGAACGGGACCUCUGGCAUAGGGAAGAGCAUGAACAAGGGCACAGAGCUGUGAGAAGACUCGGGGUGCAGGCGGGAAACGCAGGCGGGACCCUGCAGGUUCAGGGGCCUGGGCUGGUCCUGCAGACAACCCUCUAUGGCAGAAAAGGGAGUGAGCAUGAGAUUUUUAAGAAGUCAAAGAUGAUCAGUUUUGCAUUUUGUUCAGUUAUUCUGGUAACCAUGUACACAGACUAGUGAGGGGGUGUGGGAGAUGACCUAAGUAGGAAACAGUCUGUAUUCCAAGCAAGGGUCUGAAUAAAGGCAGCAGCAGAGAGCAUGAAGGGACAGGUGGACAGGCACAGCCCAGGGGAAGAAGAGAGGUGACUGCAUGGAUGAUGGGUGGAUGUGACACAUUGAGGAUACAGGUGAUAGAGCAGGUUUGGAGGAGAAGAUACAAAGUUAAGACAAAUUGGAGGGCUUUGGAGAACCUCCUGGUAAACAGGUACAUUAGCACACUUCAGGCUGGAGAUAGGAUUCCAGAAUCUUCCACUUACUGAUGGGAGUUGAGGUUAUGGGAAUGGACAGGGUCACCUGGGGAGAGAGUGAAGAGGACCAGGAACCAUUCUUUUAAAAAUCCCUACAAGGGACACACAAAGGAAGACUCAGUGAAAUGCCCAGAAGAGGCCUUUAAGUAAGAAGAAAACCAGGAAGGCAGCAAUAAAAAAGAGCCUGAAAAGCAGCCAAGGCAAUCUCUCUGCCCAAGGAAAGAGAUUGCCCAUGAUAAAGAGCAGAACCGAGCCAGCUUUUAUGAGGGGAAAAGCCAAACAUAAAAUACCCAGACAGGCUGCAAAGUGCCUCGUGCAAGAAUAAAGCCUUUUCAAAAGUUUCCUAAUUGCAUGCUGAAGAAAGCGGAUUUGAAAACCAAAGUGUGUGUCUGACACUGUCUGGCCGAGCAUCUUGGAUCGACACCCUGGAUUAACGAUGCAUUGUCUGGUACUAUUUAAAAAAAAGCUUUUGAAGAAGUGAUAGGUUGUCGUUUGUAUAAAAUUUAAUAAUAUGCAAAACAUGUACUAUAUUGGUUAUGGAUUCAUCCAUAUGUAUUGAUUGUAUAAAAUCAUGCAUUGGGAUGAUAAACACCAAAUCAAAGUGUGUGCUUACUUCUGAAAAGAAGGAAAGUGAAAAGGGGGUAUACAGGUGAUGACCAUUAUAUCUGAAAUUAUCUUUGUAAAAAAACCUGAAAAAAUGGCCAAUAUCUGAAUGUUACUUAGCAUCACUCUGGGUAGAGAAUAAAGGGGUCAGUGUAACAACCAAAAAAAAAAAAAAAA